GAGCCGAUCGUCCCUCCCUCCCCGUCCUUCGUUCCUGAUAACGGUUUUCUUUUGUCUCCGCUCACGACGCGAUCGGGAGUUCCUGUGCUCGCUUCCACCCCCUCCCCCCGCCAGCGCUUUCCGAUUGCCUCGAGUAUCUUCUCUCACGCUGAUCUGGGAGAAAUCUUGAAGCUUCGGUUGCUCUCCCGAGAUGACCACCGUCAUAACGACCCCGAACUCCCCUCCCGACCUAUCCGGGUCCAAGUCCUCCAAGUCCUCCUCCUUCCGCUCCUCCUCGCAGCACUCCGGCCCCGAGGCCAUCUUCACCGAUAUCUCCAACUUCGAAGAGGUGGAUCUCCAAGAUGAUGCGCGCGUGGCGUACAUGAAUGGGGCCCCGCCGUAUGCCCGGUCCGCGGCCCGCGCCUCAACGACCGUCGUGCAGACAAAGUCCGCCGCGGCGGUUGUCACAACUCGCGACCUGACAGCCACAAAGACGAGGCCUUCCUACCCGGCACAGGCUAAUGGAACAUUGGGACAACCGGGGCGCGGAGGCCCUAAGCAGAGGGCGGGCAACAAGCGGGAGCCCGCGGCAACGAAGCAAGCCCCCCUUCAAGUGGCCCAGCCUAAUCGUUCGCGAUCGACUUCCCCGCUACGGCCAGGUUCGAGUCUUGGUUCGUCGCCAUCUGCCAACAGCCUCUCUCUCUCUUCAGUCAAUGCUAGGACGCUCAACCGAAAGCCAUCCUGGCAGCGGACCCGCAAGUCCCUGAAGGACCUGGAGGCGGAAUACCAUGACUCCGAUGAGGAGCUACCCGAAGACGCGAGUUUGUGGAACGUCCCCAUCUCUCCGCGGCCUGUCCAGGAUCGAUCCCCGUCGUCCCGGGCUCCGAGCCCGAGUGGUCGGAGUCCAGGCCCUCGUCCUCUACCCUUGUCGCAUUCGGUUUCGCAAACUACCAUUGCUCGAUCGCCUUCCGGCUCCCGAUCUCCCACCUCCCGAUCCAAUCGACCGAUCGCGCGGUCCAGCUCAGCAGGACCCGAGCGCGGGCAGAUCUCGCCGCGCAACCCGCGUGCGUAUUCGUACAACAAUAUGAUGUCUGAUCUGUCGGAAGAGGCCAAGAUCAUCACGGAGGCCCUGGAAUACCAUGCCGAUGAGCGCGAUCGCAAGCGCGGGGAGAGCCUUCAAAGCGGACUGUCUUCGCUAAGAUCGAGCGAGGAGUCGAAGCGAGCAUCGAAAAACAACAUCGAGCUCCCCCCAUUGCAAAAGUCGAACAUCAUGAUCGAUCCGCUGCCUCCAAGCAAGGAGAAAGAGAAGGUCUUGACGCGGACGCGGCCCAGCUGGCUGCCACCCAAGGAUCAGAAGGAGGAAAAACGGCACCUCAGGGAGUAUAAAAGAAUGAUGGCGCAGUCACGAGAAGCAGACAAGCGCAGGGCUGCUAAGGCUGCUUCCGAGAAAUGCGAAAAAGAUAACACUCGCGAGACUCUCCAGCAGAUCUGGGACGAGUACGUAUGCCCGAAUUGGGAUAAUGUCAUUAAUGAAACCCGCACGCGGGAGCUGUGGUGGCGAGGUGUGCCGCCCCGGAUCCGGGGACCGACCUGGCAGCGUGCUAUCGGCAAUGAGCUGGCUCUAUCCGAGGACACGUUCAAGAAGGCUCUGCAACGGGCCAAGGAUGUGCGAUCCAGGCCCGAGGGCGACUCCGGGGAGAGCAACAAGCGGAUGAAGGAGUGGUUUGACACGAUUGACACGGACGUGUCGAAGGCGUUCCCGGACCUGAACCUCUUCCAGGUCGGCGGGCCCCUACGCGAUACGUUGAUCGAUGUCCUGCAGGCGUAUUCCAUGUACCGGAGCGACGUGGGCUACAUCAGUGGGCUGCACACAAUCGCGGCCCUCUUGGUCCUGCAAUUCCCGUCGCCUUCUUCGGCGUUCCUUGCCAUGGCCAACGCGCUCAACCGGCCGCUGCCCGUUGCUUUUCUCACGUUAGACCGUGGGGCUAUCGGUCGUACCUAUUCACUGGCGUCUGCGACGCUUCGGUAUAAAUUCCCCCGCCUGACGACCCAUCUCUACGAGACGCUUCGCCUCAGCGACGAGGAGAUCUGGGAACCGAUGUUCCGCUCCCUCCUUUCGAACGGUCUGGACCUGGAGCGUCUCAGCCGGGUUUGGGACUGCUGGGUGUUCGAGGGAGACCGAAUCAUGAUCCGCGCUGCAGUCGCGAUCCUGGGUUGCUUACAACUGCAACUGUUCGGUUACACGAAGCCUGACGACCAGAGCCGGAAGGCCGCCAAGGACAUUCUCAGCUGGGGCCCCCGCAACGGGGGCAGGGCCAAGGAGCGACACAGCGCUCCGGUGGCUUCUGCGACUGGGUUCGGCGGCGGCCAGCUUACUCCGGGCGUGGGUGACUACUGGAUGCUCACCUCGGCGGGCGACGAAGACGGAUUCAUGCACGAGGUUCGGGAGGCAGGCAAGGUUCGGAACGGUGGUGCAUCCGAGGAACCAGCCGCCGCUUGAUGAUCCGAACUGCCCCUGGCCCGGUCCGGUCCUCUUUUACUUCUUUUCACAUUCCUUCGUUGAACAUAUUUACUACUUGGCUCGCGGCAUUACAUGUACCGGGGUCUUAAUGAUGA